AUGGGUGAUGAUUCCAAAGUUGUGGUGCGUUCUAGUGCUUCUGAAACAAAGGAGGAACGUCAUUUGCAUGAUUUCUCAACCCCUAUUACUCCUGACAAAUUGGAUGGCUCCACUUAUGCCUCUUGGUCUCGUGGUGCAUGCCUUACGAUUACUGGUCGUCAUAUGGCAAAUUGGAUCAAUGGGAAGAAGACUCCGUCUCCAGACUCUGUUGCCUAUACAGAAUGGGAAAAAGAUAACUACUUGGUGCAGUCAUGGCUUCUCAAUUCCAUGACUAAACUAGUUCGUGCUUGUUCGAACGUGGUGCUACUUCCUUUGAUAUAUGGGAGGUUGCUCGGAAGACUUAUAUUGUGA